UCUAUGACAAUUUCGAUUAAUUAGAUCUCUUGAGCGGUAAAUUUUGAAACAAGAAAAGCGUUUUUGCUCUCUUUGACUUCUUGCUUGUUAGAGCCAGUAUAUCUGCUAAUGACUUCUCCAUGACUUCUCCAGGGCCCAAAAGCAAUUGGAAAAUCUCUGAGUUUGUUGCUCAUGCAUCGAAUAUUAACUGUCUUGUGCUGAGCCCAAGCAAUGGACGAUUACUUGCCACUGGGGGUGAUGACCGUAAGAUUAAUCUCUGGUCUCCUGGGAAGCCAAACAAUAUAUUGAGCAUAUCCGGAAUCACGUCCCCUGUUCAGAGUGUUGCAUUCAAUAGCUCAGAGAACUGGAUUGGAGCAGGGUCCAAGUCUGGUGUCAUCAAAGUCUUCGAUUUGAAUGAAAAGAAAACUGUACGCACGAUCAGCGGUCACAAAUCAACCGUGAGCAGUCUUGAUUUCCAUCGGUUCGGAGAAAUUUUAGCAACGGGAUCCUCUGACACUAACUUAAAGAUUUGGGAUGUUCGGAGGAAGGGUUGUAUCUUCACGUACAAGGGGCACACUGACUCAAUAGAUGAUGUCCAAUUCAGUCCUGAUGGAAAAUGGGUAGCCUCAGCCAGCAGUGACCACACCGUCAAGAUUUGGGACCUGAGUGCUGGUCGAAUGGUGGCAGACUUCAGAGCCCACACUGGCCCUGUAACGUCCAUUCAAUUCCACCCUAAAGAGUUUGUAAUGGCUACUGGCAGUUCUGACAGGACGGCAAAGUUUUGGGACCUGGAGAAGUUUGAAGUUGUAUCAGAAAUUUCCCCUGUGUCAAAUCCGAUUAGACGCAUACUGUUUCAUCUUGAUGGCUCUGUACUGUUCACCGGCACCCAUGAAUCUCUGAAAAUUCAUGGUUGGGAGCCUCCGGUGACUCAUGAUUCCCUGCCUCUUCGCUGGGGCAAGCUGGCUGAUGUGGCACUCUCAGGAGACCAACUGAUUGGUGCAUCCUUCUCUCAGACCAAUGCUACUGUAUGGUGUGUUGACCUCAAGCAUUUUAGGCCAUUUUCUAAGAACGUUGAAACCCCCACGGAAAGUAACGAUCCACCGCUCACUACCAGUGGUCGACGGAAAUUUGAGUACAACAAACUACCGUAUGAGCGACCACUCACACAGGGAUCUGGGGGAGAGGAGAGUGGUGAAACUGGUGGGGAAUCUCCUCCCACAGAGGUCAGAGACGAUGAAAGGAAGAACAUAUUCCUGCAAUGUCAAAAGCUAGUGCGAACCCCUCCAAAAGAAAUUCAAGCACCCUUCAACCCUCCUGACAGUCCACCUCAUAACUCUCGCACCCCUCAAGACCCACACACUCACAACCCUACACUAGCAUCACAUCCUAUUUCAGUUGAACCAUCUGUGAAAAACGUAGGAAGGGCAGUUCAUCAAUAUACCCCUGAAGACAGACAGAUGAAAGACUUCCAGCUUCCCAAGCCAGUGGUGAUAGGUGGAGGAAGGUUACCUGAAAACAGAGCUGUGGGAGAGAUUGUUACCAAUCACUCGGAUGUGGGCCAAAUACUAAACAGCCGACUGACUGUAGUGAAAAUUGCUCGUGAAGCCUGGUCGAGCAGUGACCCAAAGGCUGCCCUGGAAGUCGUUGUUAACUCUGGAAAUCAGUCCGCUCUAAUUGACAUCUUGAAUCUCUUGCACUUGAAAAGGACAUUGUGGACCUUAGACAUGGCAACUAUCGUAUUACCAGAGUUGAAGUUGUUAUUAAAGAGCAAAUACAAUAUGUAUGUUGUCUGUGGUUGUAACAUCAUCAAACUAAUUUUGAAGAGCUUUGGUCCAGUGAUAAAAUCCAAUCUCUCCCUACCUCCUGCCUCUGGUGUGGACAUCACACGAGAAGAAAGAUACGAUAAAUGCCUGACCUGUCACUCCCACUUGAUUGGCUUGAGAGAAGAUAUCCAUAAUCUGUUGAGUGACCCUAAAUCCAGUAAAACCAUCAAAGAUCAAAAAAUGGUGAACGUUUUCUCUGUUUUGGACUAAUUUUCUAAAUUUUACAUCUGUUUUAUCACUUCCUGUACAUUUUGUUUAUUGUGUAGAGGUAAUGGUCCCAUGAACUGUUCCAUUUUGUACCGCUACAAUGUUUUUGCACCAAUGAAUAUUUAUUAUAAGUA